AUGACAGACUCUCUUCUCGAGUUCUUCAACAUGAACAGACUUCUUGUCCUCGUGGCCUUUUUCUUAGCAGCCCUCCUCUCAAUUGAAGCUCAAAGGAGAGAAAAGGUCGAACGAGUUCCGUUGUCAUUCCGGGGAGACGUCUGUGAGCGAGUCUGCAGCAAACACGAUGGCUGGGAACGUUGCGAGAAGGAAAAGAGGCGAAACGAAUGGGAGGUGACCUGCAGUGAUACUCGACCCAGUGGUGGACGAGGUGGAAAGUUCGAUCCCCGCCGCCCAUAG